UCGCCUUCGGUGAUGUCUUUUUCGCUUCUAAUAAUUCUACCAGUGCAGUACCCAAGUCCAAGAAAGAAGACUGCAGUACUCGUAGCUGCAGCAAUGCCAAGAAGAGCAGGCAGCGUAUCAAAAGCAGUCACACUGACAACGCAGACGCAAUAACAUUUUCAGCAGCCGUUCAUCUCAGUACUAACAGCAAAAUACGUCACUGAGCACGCUGAAUGAGCAGGAUUAUCGUUCCCAGGACGCAGGAGCAAAGCCUACAGCAGCAUUGCCGAAGGCACCAGGUUCAUCGUUAGCUAUCCCACAGCUGAGUGCCAUACUGGUCGUGACAUAACAACAGAAACAGGAAAACUUACCGGUGAGCUGAGCCAAAGGCUUAGCCCCGCAGUAAUCGGGCGUAUAUUUACAAUGGUCGAGAAUGGACUUCGAAGUGCGUGAGCUAUGCACACUAUAUUCAAAGUAGAAUUCAAAAACGAAACUGGCCGUGCACAUCAUCCGGAAUUAAAGGACAUCCAGUCCCACAUCGCUCUGGCAAUGCACAAGUUGCAGCAGUCCAGACUGGACCAGACGCAAAUGGCUCACAAGGUUUCAAGGCAGCGGUGGCAGAGAUGAUGAGCCAUUGAUUGAUCCGGUGUUAACUUCCUCUCGCCUCCUGGUGAUACAUCAGGAAAAGUGGCAGCAAGAGGUACUGAUUAAGUAUGGAGAGUUGGUGCUGAUGGACGCCAAGUACCGCACCACCUGCUACGACCUGGCAUUGUUCUUCAUGGUCGUCCAUACCAAUUCAGGUUGUGGUUGUUGGUGAGGUUUGUGUGCAGUCGGAGAAAAAUGCUGAAAUUGCAGAAGCGCUCACUAUCAUCAAAGAAAACACACCGUUGUGGCACCCCAAGUUCUUUAUGACAGAUUAUUCUGAAGCUGAGAUGCUUGCCAUCGAAAAGGUGUUCCCUGAAGCAAGGAUAUAUCUGUGUGACUUCCAUUGCGAGCAAGCCUGGCAGCGCUGGACGAAGAACCGGAACCAUGGCCUUAACGAUGAUGAAGCGUCAGCACUCCUAGUGGCUUUGCGCAGCCUUGCUUAUGAUCCACCAUGCCGAGAUGAGGGACAAGCUCCUGAUAAGCACUUUCGUGAGGCAGAGUCAAAAUUGCAGGAUGUGGAUGUCUUUAGAAGCAAUAUGCAAGUGAGAAACUGGCUGAAUGGAAAAUGGCUCUCAAUCCCAGAGGUCCUCAAAUACUCAUUCCUCAACACCAGCAACGGGAAGAAGAGGACCCUGAGCGAGACGUUUACCAUUAUCGUUGAAAGGUUUCUGGAGGAGCAAAAGCGGAAGUUCGUGGUGAUGGAUGUCAGCCAACUAAGCUCUUUUCGAAGCUCCACAGCUCCAUACCAAAGUGCCUCCACGACAGGCCCAAGAGAGUAAUCCUUCACUGCAUGAAGCGUAAUCAGUCUUCUGAGCAAUACUUGCCAGGCGAUAUUGAAGAUGCUGGGGACAGCAUGUUCAACGUGAAGUCCGCUGAGCGGUUGCACAGUGUAAGCCUGACUGCACCAUCUUGCUCCUGCGAGGACUGGAGAAUCCAUGGUUUGCCUGGCAAACACAUGUUUGCAAUUUUCAGACAUGCGCCUGGUUACAGCUGGGACUCUCUUCCAGCAUCAUACGUACGUAGUACCAAGCUCACAUUAGACCUCAGCUUAAGGGAAUCAUCAAUGUCACCAGUACAUGUACAUGUUUCCUACUGAGGGGGUCAUGUGUACCCACCAUAUCAUACACAAACUGUAUGAACGGCCAUGAUGCUACCGGGCAAUCAAAAACUGCUUCCGGCGGUCCUGACUUCCACUGGCUGAUGUUGCCAAGCAUAUUGAUCUCAUCCCUUAUCUGUCGUAAUAGCUAAUGUGGUAUGACACUCUGAUACCACCGGUAAUACUACUGUCUUCUUCACAUAACGUUAAUGCUCCGUCAAUGGUGUUUCAGGUAUGCCUCCGGACACACUUGCGGUGCUAAGUGACUAGUAUUGGUAAGCCCUCAAUGUGCAGUUUUUGGAAGUGGCUGUUGCCGUUUGGAUGCUGCACACAAACAAUUACAGCCAUGAAUUCUGCACUGACGCAAUCUAAGACUUGAGCUUGGGAUAGGCAAUGACAUGUUCAUAAUGCAAAUACAUGAUGUCCUAUUCCACUGGUGAAUAUCCACGUCGCGCUAAUCCUAUCACACUCUGCUCUGAUCUUCUUGAUGCGGCUCAACUGCUAUGGACUCAGUUCUAGUACAAGCACAGCCCAGUGGGUGACAUUGCAUACAAUUAGAUCGGCACAUCUAGUACGAUUGUUCUUCCACUUCAAGAAUCGUCCCUUCGUUUCACAGCACAGAAUAACUGUCUCUCAGCUGGUAAUCAGCAGGGACAUUCUCUACUUGCGAAGACUGAGUGAUUGCCAGCACUCGCCCUUUCCUUCUACAAGCGAUGUAUAGAUAUCACUGUUCGAGUAUUUUCUUUCAAAUCUGACACCAUUGACAGGAUCGGAAAGAGAGCUCUACUGCAAGCCAGAAGUCAGGCUGGCGUCAGGCUGUCGGGAAAAUAACGAAUUCGAACCGCUCCUCAACAAAAUCAUUACAGUUAGCAAAGAAGCUAGUUCCAACCAAUCCAAGUAUAGUGACUUUCAGGAACUAAUCCAACGUCUUGUUCAGCAUGCAUCGCUUUCCAAAUCCUAUGUUUUCGCUUUCUCCAGAAAAAAAUCCACACGCGAACAACUAACUGCACUGUGCAUGUGACUGUGAGUUACGAGAUGUGUGCGCUCAGCCGCUCACCUGGGUCACGGCGAAGUGUCUCAUUCGCUCUCUCUGCCGCAAGUCUGCAACGCUUUGCGCUGGUGGCUGUCGCGUAUGCGCACUCCUGGUUGCCAUGGUGGAAAACUGCCGCCCUCCUAGAGCAGCGUCCCUUUAGUCCUUUGCGACCGCCUCGCAUUAUCAUGACUAUGGAAGUGCAUACAUUUGUAUUGGCGUCAUGAAUGCUUUCUUCUUGUUCCCACUGCUCCUACCUCAUUUGGCCUUCUUUCCCUCUUACAUGAUGUGGGUAUUAAUUAAGGUUGUCAACUUUCAAUCCUUGGCAGGCUGUACUUGACUGACAUAAUUUGCCUCUGGAGAAUCUGGGAUGAUGCAUGGAACC